CAACACAGCCCAUCACAAACGCCUGCCAAACAAGCAUUGUACCCACUCAGGUUUCUUGGUUUCAAUUACACCACAUAUGGCCUCCAAGACCCCAGCUUUUGCUCUCUUCCUCAUCUUUAACUCCCUCCUCUUCACCUUUGCUAGUGCCUGCGGCUCCUGCCCUCCGAAACCAGGCACGACCCCAAGCCCAAGCUCUGGCAAGUGCCCGAUCGACGCCCUUAAGCUCGGUGUGUGCGCCGAUGUCCUCGGUGGCCUCCUCAACAUCACGAUUGGCACACCACCAAAGGAGCCAUGCUGCUCUUUGUUAUCAGGACUCGUCGACCUCGAGGUCGCCGUGUGCCUCUGCAUCGCCAUCAAGGCUAGCAUCCUCGGCAUAAACCUCAACAUUCCAGUCGACCUUAGCCUGCUUGUUAACUAUUGUGGCAAGAAGGUGCCAUCUGGCUUCCAAUGCGCUUAGGCCUCUUAUUUUCUUUCCAUGUUCUCGUUGCUUUCUCUUAUUGUCACGUCUCUGUAUAUAUGGUUUGUUGUUAUUCCAGAUCUCUGCAAUAACCUGGGUACUGUAGCAAGAUUGAUGGUGGCUUUUGUUAUAUAGGAACUGGUGGGUGGUUUGGGAUCAUAAGCUAUGUGCUCAAGGCUGUAACCUUUUAUGUAAUAAACUCGGGUUGUAUCUUUCAUGCAUGUAACGUAGGUUUGAAUAGUACGUGGAUUGCCAUUCAGUGCU